AUGGGAAAACCUUACGCCUUUGCUUUCCUCUUCUUGCUUCAUUGCUCCAUUUCCUGCUUAGCUUGGACUGAGACAAACAUCACUUCAGACAAAUAUGCACUUCUUGCCCUUAAAUUCCAUAUUACUUCAGAUCCAUAUGAUUUCUUAGCUAACUGGUCUGUCUCUUCUUCUCCAUGCAAUUGGGUUGGUGUCAUGUGCAAUGCUCGUCAUGGAAGGGUACACUCAUUGAAUCUUGGAGGCAUGAAACUUGAAGGCACCAUAUCUCCGCAAUUAGGAAAUCUCUCAUUCCUUGUUGAACUUAAUCUCAGUUACAACAAUUUUUAUGGUCAAAUACCAAAAGAGUUAGCUCGAUUGCAUAGAUUGAAACUACUGACCUUGAGCCAUAAUCGCUUUUAUGGGCAAGCUCCAAUGUGGAUAGGAGAUUUAUUUUCACUUGAGCAAUUAACUCUUGAAAAUAACGACAUUGAUGGGUUUAUUCCCCUAUCUCUAUUCAAUCUAUCAAGGUUGGAGGCCUUAGAUUUGAAUUCUAAUUUACUUGAAGGGAACAUUCCACUUGAGGUGGGAAGACUUGAGCGUUUGAAGAUUCUACGACUUUCAGCUAACAACCUUUCAGGAAUUAUUCCUCCAACAAUUUUCAACUUAUCUUCGCUUGAGAUUUUGAGUUUGGCUUUUAACAAUUUGUCAGAUCUCGGCCUCUCGCGAAUUCUCCGGCCUCCAGAUUUUGUCACUGUCCGAAGUCCUCCUCACCAGCUCGUGACUCUCCCUGCCGCGGCGUCGUAG